UAAUUGUCCACAGACUGCCGGCGGGUCCUCGCUGGUGAAUAAACAAACGCACCUCUCUCUCGAUUGAGCCAGCGCGACAAGUGGGUUCUCCUGUUAGUUAGCUUGAUUUGCAAACUCGUGAAGUACUAAACGCCGGUAAAGACGAACUGCACCAUGAUGGGUUGAUAAAAUCGGUUUUAAUAAAUAGCGUCGUGUGAGGACACACGUAUACUAGGCUUCAGCAGUUACCUAAACUUCAUUCAUUUUGUCGCCAUGUCUUCUAGAAAGCGUAAAAGGUACAGCAAGGAUAUAAAGUGUGUUUUCUUUCCGGACGAUGUCGAAAAUGGUAUGAAAGAAGUGAAGAGAGAGCCAUCAUCUCUGUCAUCUGUGUCUUCCGCCAAGAGUUGGCAGAAAUGUGGGGACAGUUUUCUGAACACUCCAGUGAUAAAGAACCUCAAGUCAUCAGGAAAGAAACUGUCUGCCAUAAGAAAGUUGGCACAGUCUCCUGCUUCAGUGCAGACCAGUGCUGUUCACCGUAAUGAGGACCCAGUGCACAUUGUGUGGAGCUCCAGUGACAGCGAACAAUCUGACGAUGAGACCCGGGAGCAACAUCUGUCCAGAGAUGUGGCACAGCAGCAACAUUGGCCUCAGAGACCAGGCAGACCCACAGCUCCUAUUCAGUCUUACACCAAAGCGCUACGCAUGCUCAGCACUGACAAAGAUGAUGUUCCCGUUAUAGACACAGACAGUGAUCUAGAUGAAUCUGAGGAGGAUGUUGAAAAGGACAGUGGGCAACAAAUCUCUGACUGUGGGUCAGAGUCCUUUGAUGAAAAGCCAGAAGACUUACCUGUCAAACCCACAAGUGUGACGGUGUUAGAAAUCUCAGGCUAUGUGUCUGAUGGAGAGGAUAUUGGUGACACAGUGUCCUCGAGCAGACUGGACUCUGAGAGCUUUCCUCUCCAAACUGGUGAGGGCAGCAAAAGGUCAGUCAGUGACUGGGUCAGAUCUGCGCAUGCGAUGCUGCAGACGCCUCAGAAACCGUUUGACAGGCAGUGCAAGACUCCUGAAGACUCCGCCAAAAAGAGAAGAAAGUUUCAAAGUGGAGGUCUGGCAGAGAGGCUGAAUCGACUCCAGAGCAGACAGAGGUCAGCUAUUAGCUUCUGGAGGCACCAGUCCAUCUCUGAUACCUCAGAAGCAACAACAGUGGACAGGCCUGGCGUGCUGGUGCUGGAGGUGCUGGAGGUUCAGGAGGAGUGCAGCAUGCAACUGGUGCACUGUGAGCACCGCCAGCCUCCAGGAGAGGCCCACCAACACGGCCACCCUCUUGCUGAGGAAAGCGCUCGCAUGCUGGUGUUGUUCAAUAGAGAGACCGCAGCCCAGCUGAGUCCUGUGCCCAGAGAUAUCAUCCACGUAUAUCCACCAUGGCAAAGUCUUUCCGUGGAAGGUUUCAGCUGUGAUAUCAUUCUGAGCACACACUUCAGCCAGAAAGUCUACUCUGCUUCCAAACCAGCCGACGAGCCUGUUCCCAGAGGCCUGCUCCCAGCAGGGAGGUGCAUGCCAUACUCUCUGAGUCGAACAUUCAGACUGCUGGAGGUUUGCAGGACCACUGAAGAGAACAAUGCUAAACAGGUCGCUGUCCCCGAUGCUCUGUGCAGUUUUGGAGGCUCAGGUGUUCUGACAAGACACUGUCUCUCUCUCCUGGAAGCUAUUGAAGGACUUGGCCAAGCUGGCUCUGUGGGCCAGGACGUGGUGGUGGUGGUCCAAAGAGUUUACUCCAUCCCUGUCCCUGACUGCUCCCCUGUGUCCGGCCUAAAGCUCAGAGUUCCCUCCAGGUCCUCCUCAGCUCCUCCUGCAGAGAAAGGCAAAACCAGGCUUUGUGUGCUUGUCCAGGACAGCUACGGGAUGUUCAGCGUGGUCCAGCUCCAUCUCCUGUCCUGCAAAGACGACCUGCACCGGUACUGCCAGAUGUGGCAGGGGAAGACCUGUGUGCUGAGAGGCAUUAAAGUGGUGCAGCGGGUCACUCGAGAAAGGCGCAGCAGGCUUUUCAGCUUGAUAGACUGUCUCUGGCCCCCACUGAUGCCUCUUAAAGAUCAUGGAAACACACCCAGCAUGUCCUGUGAGAGCCGUCCUCCAGGUCCGGCUCCAAGUUUCUGCUACCUGCUGUCAGGUCAGGAGAGCUCAGUUGAACCCACUGAGGAGCAGGCUGUGUCCCCGCUCUACCUUCCCCCCACAGAACGAACCUUACGAGACGUGCUGCAGAGUGAGCUCAAAACCCAUCGCUGCAGUUUUAUUGCCACUGUCAUAUACAAGAGAAUACAGAACUGUGAUAUAGGCCGAAGUGAGGUUUGGUUGGUGCUGACAGACCCUAGUCUUCAAGAAGAGCCACCUGAGAGGCCAUGCAGGCGCACAGUGGCCCUGUGUGUGAACACUUCCUGUGUGCUUACUUCCUCUGUCCUCAAAGCGCUAAAUUCCCCCGCUGCCUGUCGAAUGUCAUUCAGAGAUGCCAUCAAAGAACAUGGUGUCCUCCUGUGCGAGGAGCAGUCAGUCGUUGAGAUGUGCUCUGACGUGCAUCCUGAGGGCAGUCUCACGUCCACAGCCAGGCCGCGGUCACUUUCACAGUCGCUGACCGAUCCCCAGGCGCAGCCCCUGCCCCGACCUGUGAGACUGGAUCCCGUGGGUCUGGAGAUCACACCCAACUCCCUCUGCACUCUCACAGGGGUGAUAGUUGGCGUGGAUGAGAACACAGCUUACUCCUGGCCGGCCUGCAACCACUGUGGAAGUGACAGUUUAGAAAUGUUAGCUCACAGACCUCAGAACUUCCACUGUGUUUCUUGUAAGUCACUGGUGGACAAACCCGCCACAAGGAUCCAACUGGAAGUCUUCCUGAGUUCCUCUUCAAUAAGUGAUUGCACUAUAAAAGUUAAGCUGCAGCAAAACACAAUCAUGUCCAUCCUGAACACUGCGGCUCUGGAGGGCAUCGAGUUCCCAGGUUACGAUGUGGAGAAUGUCCUGGGAAAAGAGGUGGGCCCCCUCGCAGUCUACGUCCGCGUCGUCACCAGGAAACCGGCUCUGUGGAUCGGCCUGGAAGAAAUCUGCCUGUGAGGCGUUCGGAGCUAAUGAUAUCAAUCCUCAGGCUUCAGCGUGGCUCCAAGGAUCUGCACACUAGGCCUUGGUUUGAGCCAGUUUAGUCUCCCGCCCCCUCUCUCAACCCCCCUUGAAGGCCUCCCUGACAGCUUGAAGUGAACAGGCUGCAAAGAGACAAGGUCUUGUUUGUGUUAAUGAUAUGUGAGCCUGUGGACCAGGAGUUGACAGCCCAAGGGUAGACCAGUGGUAUGCAGUCUGUCAGAACAGCUCACGUGGUUUCUUCAACUUGGGAUGUGACUUGGCUGUAAACACUUUUUUUUUUUUUUAAGUGGUCAUCUACCUCUGUUUGUAAGAUUUCUAACUGGUGCUUGAAUCUGUGUCAAUAAAAGGUGUUAUUAUUGCUGACUUUA